UCUUUCUCUUUUUCGUUCUUUUCAACAAUAAUAACAACAACAACAACAACAAGUCUAUCUUGUUGAAUUUUUUUGAUCCAUAAUGAUGAUUAUUUGAUAUCCCAAUAGCACACACAGAAAAUUUCCUUUUCAUUUAGGUUUUUGAAAACCGUUCUUCUCCAUUGAAUAGUUGGGAUACCUGAAAACAAACCGAAUCAAUCAAUCAAUCAAAUUGAAUCGAAUCGAUCGAUUUCAUUUUCCUGGCACAAAAUAAACAUAUCAAAAACAACAACAACAAAAAAUGCAUCAAUGUUGGUCAUUUCUUUAUAUUGGAAUCAAAAUGACAUUAUUAAGUUUGAUUGCCAUAUAUCUAUUAUUGGUUUUAAAACCAUUAUUUUUUCAACAAAUAUCCGCACAUCGUAUGACAGUUGAUUUAAGCUAUAAAAUGGAUGCAAAAAUAAUGAAAUGGAUAACAGCUCGACCAUAUGAAUUACGAAUUUUAAGUCGUGAGAAAAAAACUGGUAAUCAAACGAUUCGAAUUCAAUCAGAUGAAAUAUUUAUGGCAACACAUACCGGUACACAUAUGGAUGCACCGAAUCAUUUUGGUGGUAAAGAUAAAUGGUCGAUUGCUGAUAUACCAUUAGAAAAUCUUUUGGAACGUCCAUUGGUUAUUAUUGAUGUUGUUGGUCAAUCACAAAGUGAACGUGAUUAUCAAACAAAUGUUAAUGAUUUUAAAGAAUGGGAACAAAAAAAUGGUCCUAUUGAACAGGGUUCAAUUGUUAUCAUUCGUACUGGUUGGUCAAGAUUUUGGCCAAAUAAAUUGGAUUAUUUUGGUACCGAUACUACUGAUGAUACAUUGACACAUUUUCCUGGUUUACAUCCAUUAGCUGCUCAAUGGUUAGUUGAUAAAAAAAUCGUUGGUGUCGGUAUUGAUGGUCCAUCAAUUGAUUGUGGCCAAUGUAAUGAUUAUCGAUCACAUGUCAUUUUAAAUGAAAAUAACAUUUAUAUUUUGGAAAAUUUGGAUCAAACUGUAUUUGAUCUGAAUCCGGUCGGUGCUACAUUGACUGUAUUACCAAUGCGUUUAGCUGAUUCAAGUGGAUGUCCAGUAAGACCAAUUGCACAAUAUUUACAUGAUCAUCAAUCAAUGAAUGAUGGUCAUACGAUUAAAUUAUCAUCAUCAAUUAUCAUCAUGAUGAUAACAUUAAUUAUCUCAACAUUAUUAUUUUCUUAAUCUAUCUCACCAAUA